CCGUCUUCACCCACCAGGCUGCGUGAGCCGCACUUCCAAGCACACGAGCAGACGCGUGUCAUCUUCCACGCGGGACACAUUCCACAUCCACGGCAGCAACAUGGCGACAGAGUUCCACAGCCUCCAGGAGAUGAGGCGCAGUGCUUCCCUGGUCAUGAAGGUCUUCAUCCAGAGAGACUACAGCGAGGGAACCGUCUGCCGCUUCCAGACUAAGUUUCCCUCGGAGCUCGACAACAGGAUCGAGCGGAACUUACUGGAAGAAACGGUGAAGACCCUGAACUUGUACUAUGUGGAGGCCGAAAAAAUCAGCGGCCAGUCUUACCUGGAGGGCUGUCUGGCUUGUGCGACGGCAUACAUCGUUUUCCUCUGCAUGGAGACCCGCUAUGAGAAGGUUCUGAAGAAGAUAACCAGUUACAUCCAGGAGCAGAAUGAGAAAAUCUACGCCCCUCGAGGUCUGCUGCUCACCGACCCCGUCGAGAGGGGAAUGAGGGUUCUGGAGAUCAGCGUGUUCGAGGACCGAGGCUCAGGCAGCUCCAGCCCCACCAGCAGCGUGUCGUCCGCGGGGGCCAGCGCCCGGUGACUGGAGGGCCGGCGCCAGGGUUACGGGUACAUGCACCACCACGGGGGCGGCGGGGCGCUCACCAACAUCCGCAUGCUUAAACACGAGAGCACCCGCUUCUGAGACAUGGUGAGGAGAAGACCCCAACAACGUACCAACUCUGGAAACGGGAGGAACGCACACUUCCAUAUAAAACAAACAUACCAGUCAUCUUAUUUCCCAGGAGUCCUUUUUUUGAGUUAUUGCUGAUUCAGCAGGCUUAGGCUCGGUGUUCUUCAUGGGGUCAAACUGGACCCUCGUGCUCUCCACAUGUUCGCCGCACCGCAGCUGCAAACCUCACACCCACGCAAACAAAACAAAAAAAAAGAAUCUCCCAAAUAUUCCCAGCAAUACACACCGGAAUCAGGAUGAAUAAGCACGCAGCUGCAGUGGAUUCCUGCACACACACAAUUGGCAGACACCGUCCCGACCUGGACCCCGGUACUCUCCGAGGGUCCUUGUUUGUUUAGUUUUGCGUGUGUCCCCCAGCUCCGUCUCAUGUGCUAUCGAGCAAAAAUAAACACGUUGAUUUAUAAUGAGAAAUGUCAGAAAAAUGUUGACAUUCGGGACCUAAAAUAUCAGAUUUUAAGAUGUGAACAGUCCAUUAGUGUACUUGCUGAUUCUGUGCGGUUCUGUGUGUGACCCGCAGUUCCAGCGCCCUCUAGGGCAGGGUUUUUCAACCUUUUUUGAGCCAAGGCGCAUUUUUUUUCCAUUGAAAAAAUGCGGAGGCGCACCACCAGCAGAAAAAUUAAAAAGUCGUUCC